UAGGACGUUUUUAUCGUGUCGUUGGUGGCUUUUAUCGGUGGGUUCCGGGAGGUCCGUCGGGCGCCAUUACAGUGCACGUUGAGCGAGGAGUUUUCCUAUUGGAGGAGCUCGAAAGUCAGGUCAGAGUGGUGGGGAUAAUGCGAAGGUUUGGAAGGCGGAUCCGAGCUCGGGAAUACCUCGAGGACUUGCUAUACCAAAGACGUUUGAGCAGUCGUCGGUGAAACAACAAACUCGACGACUCACUGUCAUAAGUACGUCAAUAAGAUCGACACAGGUUAAGAAUCAUCGUUGUGACACGAAGGUCCAGUACCCGUAAACGUCUUUAUACUUUUUACGUUAUUAGAUGAAAUAAUCUCAGUUUAGAUGUGAAAGAAGUGCAGUGUUUUUGAAAAUCAGUUGAAUAGUAGCUCGCAGAUUUCCGGGACUCCAGCGUCAACGAGCCGAAUUUUGGAGUGUGAUGCUCACGCGAUUGAUAAACUUCUAUGAUGAACGAGGCGUGUCGGUGCGGUUUUAAUGACACUAAAAUAAUUGGUGUUUCGCGUUAGUUAGAAAAGUAAGGUCAUCUCGGUCGUGUUGAACCUGCGAUAUUCGUGAGCGUGCUUUUGGUACAGUGAUUUAACGAAAGGAAAAAAAGUGAUCGCGAUAAGAGGAAGAGAAUAAAACGAUAACUCGGCGAGAUGGGAUGUAGCUGAGAUCGGUAAGAGUGCGUCACGGCGUUUCGUCGUCGCAACGUGGUGCUGAACGUUCCGUCGGGUUGUUCCACCUGUGAAGACGUUAUCACGAUUCCGUGAGAGUUCCUCGAAUCCUUUAUCGUUUCGUAUCUCUCGUCGAAGGGAGCGCUCGCGUUAUGUUAUUGUAGAAAAACGUGUUUGUAAUUGUGGUGAAAAGUUCGAGGAAAGUGUGGUCGAGGUAAAUCACGCGAAAGACAGUGAAAUUAAAACAAGACGAUAGUGCGUAAGGGCGUAGAUUCAUUGAAAAGGAACCCUCGACAUAGCGAUUAAUCACUUGAAAAAUAAGUUUCCAAUGACGGACAUAAGUAGCAUAGGAAUGGUGUCAUAUUACAAUCCUCUGGCGAUGUAUCGCCAGCAGCAGCAACAGCAACAACAAUCGAGCACCGUUGCAACGGUCGCCCACCAACAGCUCUCCCAGCAGGCUCAACAGCACGUUGCACAAGCUCAACACGUCGCGGCUCAACAGCAAGCUGCCGUGGUUGCAGCUGCGGCAGCAGCCGCUGAUACGAGCCCGAGCCAGCAAUACUGGUACGGUUAUCCGCACGGGCAUCCUGCCCACGGUCCUCAUCACCACCAUCACCAUCAUCAAGCAUCAGGCCCUCAGCCAUACCUCGAACAUGCGGCAGACGUGCUUGCUUGGUCGCCGCAUCCCCACGCUCAUCACUAUUCCCAUCAUCUUCAAUAUCAGCAUCACACCCAAGUCGCCUACCAGCAACAUCAACAGCAGCAACAACUCAACGGCGCUGUUAGCGAAUGGAGCGGUGACGAGAACAGCACCCACCACCAUCACCAACAACCCCAUCAAGCCGUUAACAGCGGAGAACCGAGUCCGCCGAUCACCGUUAGCGGCAGUGAGCUCAGCAGCCCUGGAACUCCUUCCACCCCACCUGCAAACAACAACAACAAUACAACCGCCAAUAACAAUAACAACAAUGGAUCCACUACGCCUAUGAGACCGUCCCAAAUUCGAAGUCCUUAUGAGUGGAUGAAGAAACCCUCGUAUCAGAGUCAACCGAAUCCAGGGAAGACUCGAACGAAGGACAAAUACAGGGUCGUGUACACGGAUCACCAGAGGCUUGAGCUUGAGAAAGAGUUUCAUUACAGUCGUUACAUCACGAUCAGGCGCAAAGCUGAGCUCGCAGCGAAUCUCGCGCUCUCGGAAAGACAGGUGAAGAUAUGGUUUCAAAAUCGGCGAGCAAAGGAAAGGAAGCAAUCGAAGAAGCGAGAAGAGAUGGAGCACAAGGACAUGAAGCCGGGUGAGAUGAGCGGUAACGGUGGAGCCGGUGGAAUGGCGAGUCUGGCGGCGCUCGGUGGAAUGGGCGGAAUGCUCGGCGGCUUAAUGCACAACGGUGGUUCACCGCCUCUGAAUCUUGGGCCAGCACCGCACCACGGCAUCGGUGCGAUUCACGCUCACAGCCAGCACGCUCAUUCGCACGCGGUGCUUGGUUUGUGACCGAGCGAAGAUUGUUGUUGGUCGACGAAUCAAGGCUGACCGGAAGUUGCUCUCAGAGUGAGAUUGAUUUGUCGUGGAAGAAAAUAAGAUUGAAGGAUGGAGAAAGAUCGAUUAAAAAUUGGAGUGAAGUGGAGAAAAUGUUGGGCGGCGGUAGCGCUUUUUCUUACGAGCGAGAGCCUGACGCGUCCAAGGAAGAAAAAAAUAAAGAGUUUUAAGGAUGCACGAAGCGUGAAAGAAUCGUUGAAAUAUCCGUCGGUGAAACGUCGUUAAGACAAUUUUAUUCAUGGCCGCGAUAUCGAAAGCUUCGUCGCGUUUGUACAGCGAUAUUCUUCGUGUGUUUAUUACUUUUUUUUCUCUUCUUCUUUCCGACCGAUCGCACCGCUUGUAUUCGCCGUCGUCCGAUGUUGGGCACUCAAACUUUUUAUUUUCCGGCCGAUCGUCAAAUCGAGGGAGACUCUGACGAUCAGGAGCCGUUGAUUUUUUCGGUUUCACUCGCACGAGUCAGCUCCCUCCGACAAGUUCGCUUCUCCCGGUCUCCUUUAUCCGUCU